AUGGUCAUGGCUGCGCAACUCGUUCCCUUACCGGAGGUGGAGAGACUCAGUUCCUCGGUGGUGAGGAUCUUAGGUGGAAACCCGGGCAAGGUUGGAACAAACACAUACUUGGUCGGCCGAGGACAUCAACGGAUUCUCAUCGAUACGGGUGAAGGCAAACCCUCCUGGGCGUCGCAACUCCAAGCUUUACUGUCACAAGAGAAUGCCACCGUGCAGGAAGCGCUCAUUACGCAUUGGCACGGAGAUCAUGUCCAUGGGAUCCCAGACUUGCGGAAAAUUUGUCCCAAUGCGACAAUCUACAAGCGCGAUCCGGAAGACGGCGAGAUUGAUAUCGAGGAUGGUCAGAUUUUCAGAGUGGAUGGAGCUACGCUGAGGGCGAUGCACACGCCUGGGCACACCGCUGAUCACAUGGCUUUCGUUCUCGAGGAAGAGGAUGCUAUCUUCACCGGAGACAAUGUUCUGGGCCACGGGACUGCCGUUUUCGAAGAUCUGAGCGUGUACUUGUCUAGUCUGCAGAGAAUGCAGAAUCGCGUUGGCGGCCGCGGGUAUCCUGGUCAUGGAGCGGUGAUUGAGAACGCCACGGCCAAGGUCACGGAAUACAUCAGACAUCGACAGCAACGCGAGAAUGAAGUGAUUCGAGUCCUACGAUACGGCAAACUUGACGUGUCCGACCACGAACGAUCGCCCGAACGGAAGCCAUCCAUGACGCCCCUCGAACUCGUCAAAGUGAUCUAUCGAGAUGUUCCGGAAAGCCUCCAUCUGCCUGCGUCACACGGGGUCCUGCAGGUGCUGAUGAAACUAGAGGUCGAAGGGAGGACAGUUCAUGACACGGAGACGGGAAAAUGGAGACUAGCAGGGAAGUCUACGCUAUGA